AUGCAGGCAAAUACCCCUCCCAGUUGGAACAAACCCAGGACCUUCCAAACAAGCACCUGCACCGGGAGAGUCAACAUUGAAGCUGAAGCAUGCCGUCAAAUCCAGAAAGACAUUUUUUGGACGGGGCUACGGACAAAGCCCGACUUUGUUGCCCUUGGUCUGGCACUACAGGAAAAUUCUGGCCAUCUCGAAGCUUUGGAGCUCGACUUCAUCGACUGGGACUUGGUAAAGAAACACUGGGACGACUUGGGCAAUGAUGUUGGAGACGUCUUCAAAUCCGCGUUGAGAGUACGCCCUUGCUCAACUAAGCUUCGAUUUCCGACACUACAAAAACGGUCUCUCUCUGGCCUUGAUCUAACAUCAUCCUUCCGUGGAAUUGCUUCUGCUUUGAAUCCUGUGUCACUCCGGUCAAUAGCUCUUCGCCGAUGUUCUGGCUGGGAGCUGCUUCUAGAACACUUGACGGGGCCAAGCCAUUCACUAAGCAUAACAUCAUUGGAGGUAUAUCAGCCUUUCGGGAUUGCGAGUCUCCCGAGGAACCACAAACUAGAGCAUUCCAGGACAACUCACGAGUACGGCAUCACCAGAGUCUUCGGUGUUCUUGUGACCGGCGAAUCUGGUGGCGUGAUUCUCUGCGAGAGCCGUUGCAAAGAGCCUCAAGCCCCUAUAAACGACGGCCACACCACUCAGUACAAUGCUUGUCUUCCAUGA